UACAAGUUUGGAACAAUUCGAAAAUGACAAAAAUAAAACCAUUCAUUUUGAACAACAAAGGGCGAUUAAUCAAGUCCAACAAAGUGUUUUACAACAAGCAUUACAAGGAGCUCUGGGAACUCUUAAUAGUUGCUUAAACAACGAGUUACAUUUACGUACGAUCGGUGCUACUAUUGGUAUGUUUGGGUCGAUGAAAGCAAAAAAUAACUGAUUAGUUGUUCUACUAUAGAACUGAUUAGUUGUUCUACUAUAAUAGAGAGUAUAGGGAAGACUUAUUUUUGUUUUUCUUCGAAAAAGAAUCAAAUUUAGAAAUAUUCAUGGUAACCAGUCGUGCAGAUGAAAUUAGUCAAAUUAUCCGUAAACGUAUUGAGCAAUAUAAUACCGAAGUAAAAAUUGUAAAUACAGGUACCGUACUUCAAGUAGGCGAUGGCAUUGCUCGUAUUUAUGGUCUUGAUGACGUAAUGGCAGGUGAAUUAGUAGAAUUUAAAGAGGGUACCGUAGGCAUUGCUUUGAAUUUGGAAUCAAAAAAUGUUGGUGUUGUAUUAAUGGGUGAUGGUUUGAUGAUACAAGAGGGAAGUUCCGUAAAAGCAACAGGAAGAAUUGCUCAGAUACCAGUAAGUGAGGGUUAUUUGGGUCGUGUUGUAAAUGCCCUAGCUAAACCUAUUGACGGUCGAGGAGAAAUUUCAACUUCGGAAUCUCGGUUAAUUGAAUCUCCCGCUCCCGGUAUUAUUUCCAGACGUUCCGUGUAUGAGCCUCUUCAAACAGGACUUAUUGCUAUUGAUUCUAUGAUCCCUAUAGGGCGUGGCCAGCGAGAAUUGAUUAUUGGGGACAGACAAACAGGUAAAACAGCAGUAGCUACAGAUACGAUUCUCAAUCAACAGGGACAAAAUGUAGUAUGUGUUUAUGUAGCUAUUGGUCAAAAAGCAUCUUCUGUGGCUCAAGUAGUAACUACUUUACAAGAAAGAGGAGCAAUGGAAUACACUAUUAUAGUGGCUGAAACAGCAAAUUCCCCAGCUACAUUACAAUACCUCGCGCCUUAUACAGGAGCAGCUCUGGCUGAAUAUUUUAUGUACCGUGAACGUCACACUUUAAUUAUUUAUGAUGAUCCCUCCAAACACGCACAGGCUUAUCGCCAAAUGUCUCUUCUAUUACGAAGACCACCAGGUCGCGAAGCUUAUCCCGGAGAUGUUUUUUAUUUACAUUCGCGUCUUUUGGAAAGAGCCGCUAAAUUAAGUUCUCAGUUAGGUGAAGGAAGUAUGACUGCUUUACCAAUAGUUGAGACCCAAUCCGGAGAUGUUUCAGCUUAUAUUCCUACUAAUGUCAUUUCCAUUACAGAUGGUCAAAUAUUCUUAUCUGCCGAUUUAUUCAAUGCUGGGAUCAGACCCGCAAUUAAUGUGGGUAUUUCCGUUUCCAGAGUUGGAUCGGCGGCUCAAAUAAAAGCCAUGAAACAAGUAGCUGGUAAAUUAAAAUUGGAAUUAGCACAAUUCGCAGAAUUAGAAGCUUUUGCACAAUUCUCUUCCGAUCUCGAUAAAGCUACGCAAAAUCAAUUGGCAAGAGGUCAACGAUUGCGCGAGUUGCUUAAACAAUCCCAAUCAGCUCCUCUUACUGUGGAAGAACAGAUAAUAACUAUUUAUACUGGAACGAAUAGUUAUCUUGAUUCAGUAGAAAUUGCACAGGUAAGGAAAUUUAUCGUUGAGUUACGGGCUUAUUUAAAAACGAAGAAACCUAAAUUCAACGAAAUCAUAUCUUCUACCAAGACAUUCACUGGGGAAGCAGAAGCCAUUUUGAAGGAAGCUAUUCAGGAACAGAUGGAACUCUUUUGACUUCAGGAACAAGUAGAAAAAAAAUGGAUUCCAAAUUUCAUACCUUUAUAAUUUAGAUAAUUAGUCUGUUUCAAUAUUUAAAAUUUAAAUAAGAAUAAUCAAGAUAAGAAAUUUACAAUAUAGUUUUAGAAAUAUACGAAUUCAAGUAAUAUAUAUGCAAUAAAUUCAAUAUGUAAUAAAUUUGCGUCCAAUAGGAUUUGAACCUAUACCAAAGGUUUAGAAGACCUCUGUCCUAUCCAUUAGACAAUGGACGCUUUUCUUUUUUUCUUUCCCUUUUCACGAAAAUUUCAAGGGAAAGAAAAAAAAAAAUUCUAUAAAAUACUCUAUCUAUCCGAAUAUCGAAAUAAUAAUUAUUCUAACUAGAAUAAGACUAAAUAAUUCAAAUUGAAUAUUCAUAACUAAAUAAAGAAAUUUACUAAAAAAUAGAAUAUAUAUAGAGAAAUCGAAUAUAAGCGGGUAGCGGGAAUCGAACCCGCAUCAUUAGCUUGGAAGGCUAAGGGUUAUAGUCGACGUUUAUGAAUGAACGUCUCUAAUUCAAAACCGAACGUGAAACUUUUGUUUCAUUCAGCUCCUUUACAGAAUAAUUUUAGAGAUAGAUGGAAUACAUUACAAAAAAUCACCCAUAACAUCUAUGUCAGCCUUUCGGUAUGAAUACAAUUAAUGUUGCUUUUUAGAUGAUCCCUAUAGAAAACGAGGAUUUGAACAAUCUCUUUUUUUCUAGUUACUUCGUUCUCUAUUUCUAUUUGAUAGAAUCUUUAGGAAAAGAAUAAAAUUUCCGUCGAGCUAAAAAAAUAUGUUGAUGUUUCUAGUAAACUAAAAAAAUCGUUUAAUAGCUAUUUUGCUUCACUCUCUCCUAUACAAAACAAAUACAAAAAUGGGAAGAUUUAGUUACGAUUGGAAACAAAUUUUAGAUAUCUUUCUCCCUGGAUCCUUUACUUAUAUUCAAAAAUAGGGAUUCUUGAUCCAAUUGCAAAAACUUAUGUUUCAUAAUUUUAGAAUCAAUUCUAAAUUGUAUACAAAUUACGAUAAUGUAUAUUAUUCCUCGAAUUGCUCGUUGAGAGGUAUAAAGGAUUAAAUCCCUUUAAGUAAGAAAUACAGUUUUUGAUCGUGAUAUGAAUCACGCAAGGGACCCCUUAACUAUUCAGGAUCAAUAGAACGAAUCGCACUUUUACCACUAAACUAUACCCGCUACAAUACCAUUAUUGUAUAUAAAACGAUCUUUUGUCCAACAAGGGAAUCAGUCAUAAUUAUGAAAUAGGUGCAUAAUUUUAUGAGAAAUAGAGUGUUUCCAUGUUUCGUAAAGGGCCCCCUAAUGAAAUUUAGAAAAGGGGGCAAAUCUCAUUUUUGGAUUUUGUUGAAGGUAUUUUGACAGAUAGAUCUCGACAAAAUUACUAAACUAAAUUCAUAACACAAAAAUACAUUAUGCAAGCAAGAAUCCAUAGUUCUAUUUCUUUUUUUAGAUACGUUACCUGAUUCAUUCGUAGGAUAUACGAUCACAAAGUGAUUUUUAUUUUUGUUUGAUCAUAUUUAAAUGUUUGAAUUAAUUACAAGUUUCAAAUCUGAUACAGAAAAAUAAAUCAUUGUUAUCCAGGAUUCAUGGGAAAAAAGAGCUGUGCCAGUACCUAGCUGGACUCUGGUUGGAUAAAAAAACAAACUAAAAAAGAAAAUCUAAAAUUAUAGAUUUAGAUUAUCUAUUUAGUAUAUAUAGAAUGAAUAUAUAUUUGAAUCUAUAUUUAUGAGUUAAUAUAGAAUUAUGAAUAGUAAUGAAAUAAAAUUAUAAUCAAAUAGAAAAAAAAAAAA